AUGGCUCUGAACGAAGACAGCGAUACUCAUGAUGAUGAUCAAAUAUUGGUAGCAUUCAGGAAAUCCAACCAUUCGGAAAAUGAAGCGCCAUCGUCAUCAUCACUAUCGAUGUUGAAUGCACAGCAUGAAUUACCUCUUGCACGGGUUAGGACGAUCAUGCAAAGUGGUGGUGAGCAAGUACCGACCUCCAGUGAAGGCUUAUUUGCUAUGACGAAGGCCGCAGAACUUUUCGUAUGCAAAUUAGCAAAGGAGUCAUAUGAAUCAAAUGACAAACCAAAAUAUAUCGAAUAUUCUCACUUGGCGGAUUAUAUUCAAGACAACGACAAACUUGAAUUCUUGCAUGAAAUGGUACCUCAUAUGGUGCGUCUCGCUGAUGUGAUGCAUUUGGUGCAGCCGUCUAUUUCGCAAACAACAGAAUGA